AUUGGGAGACAAAGCCUCGAAUUUUUCCAGAAAUCGGAAAUCAACGACGCUCAGUUUAUCGACAAUUUCUUGGAUAAUGCCGGCUAUCACUAGCCGCAACUCGUCUCCAUUCAAGAAGAUCGUGACCUUCAAAUCGGAGUGGAGCGGGGGGACUUGUAGAGAUCUGAAGCAAAUUCCACUUCUGGCAAACAAAGAUUAACAUUUUUCGAUGUGGCGGUGGCGCAAGAAGGCCCUAUCUCCACUCCGAUAAAGUUGAAAUCACUUUGCGGAUGCAGGAAUUCUAGUCCAAACAACCCUUCAGAUGUCAGUUUUCUUUCUAUAUCCUAAUAUUCGAUGCUUUGAUUUUAUUCUUGUCAAAAUUGGUCUAAUUAAGCAGAUUUUUAGUC